UAUUGCAAAGUAAUAUCUAUCCAAAAGCGGCACUGAAUGCUUCUUAUGCUCAGUGGACUUUCGAGAGAGUCAAGGAAGAAUGGCAAAAGAAUUCCAAAAUUCAGCAUGGCAUGGUCAUACAAGAAGUUGAUGCUACAAGACGUAUUGACUGGUUUUACAUUCCGGAAUAUUCACAAACAAGGCAGCAACUGGAGGUAAAGAAGAUUGAUACCCACCAUCUACUCACAAGACACAGAUCUGCUAUUUGCAAGGGAAAUCUGGGGAAAUCAUCGAGGUCGCAUUUCAUUGAAGUUGCAAAUAGUCGCAAGACAGCAUUGAAGCCUGGCAUGAUGGAGCAACAACUGAAUAUGCAGUCGUCAGACUAUGCAAGGAUAACAUUCUCACAGGGUGUACAGAUGGAACUUGAAGAAAGGGGAUACCAGGACUCCGCAAAGUUAUGCAAAUAUGUGAGAGAGUGGUUUGAAUCCUGUGACGAGCCUGGGAUAUCCGCUGUAGAGAGGUGUCGUAUGAAACUUCAGUACCGAGACUACUUGUUGUCAUUGGUCGAUUUCUCCUCGUUCCCCCUCCAGGAUCACACAUUAUGGGAUAUUCGACUUCCUUAUUGGAGUCAACAGUGGCCACUAUAGAUACAGACUUCAUGAUGUAUGCCAUCACUCGUAGAAGAACCUAUAACAAUAGGGCGCUUGGGAGCCAGCCAUGUGAAAGCCUGUAUUCAUGUCUGGCAACCAUGCCCGGAGCCAAGAAUGGAGUUCCGAGCUGUGUUGACUUGGAGGUGAACAUGGCAAAGAUAUGUGGAGAGUGUAUUGUAAGACACGACCCAACUAGAGGCUUCUCAGCACGACUGUCUAGUGCUCCAGUUUACCCCCAGCAGCUGUUGGGGAGAGAUGUCGGUCCCCUUCCACCACCCCAAGAUCCACCUGCAUUCAUCCAUCAGAUAAGAAUUCAGAACCACUUGUUCGAUUCAUGGGAAAGGAGGAGACUGACAAGAAAGGAACCGAAAGGAUUAACCACACCACAUGAGCCAGGAAGAGGGGCUGUGGGUGUGCGACAUUACCAUAAAGUGAAUGAAUGCAAACUCAAUCCACUGAUUAGGGCAGGGAUUUCCGUUUCAAGUCCAAAUCAGGAGACCUCUUAAGACCUCCACGAACAAAGACGGAGACAUAUUUGUACCUCAAUUUAAGCUUUAUUUUUGUACAAACAGGAAUGUGCUGAGUUAUUCAAAACAUGAUCAAUAUUUCUAUUUCAUUACAAUGUCCAGUAACAUUAUCAUGGUAAAUGGAAUCA